CGUUGAAUUCAAAAGGCGAAACCGUAACAACCAGGGUGAGGGCGAGAAAAGACAUUAUUGCGCUCCAUUCGGUCAUUCUGGUGGCGUGUACAGUGGGUUUCUUCGCCGUGGCGUCUUUCUCCUGCCCUCUUUCUUCUUCCCACUCCUCCCCUGGCCGUCAUCGCCGGGCGUGGGAGGAGCCGCCUCCGGUCGCCCGUCGCCUCUCUUCCGCCUGAGAAAGAGGAAAGGCGGAGAAUAAGAAAAAGAAGAAGCUCCUCUACCGCCGUCCCUUUCAUCUCAACCCUAACGAGGCCUGGUUGGAGGACUCCGAAAUAUCGAAGGUCGUAGACCUUGUUCCAUGAGUAGGGGCACCGGUGAGACUGCAAGGUUUACUUGAGAGAAGAAGUGCGACAAAGCCCAACUUGCAGACACUUGAGGUGGAGGAGGAGGGCAGGAAUUUGUUUUGUUGUUUCUUCUUCCAUGGCGCCCAUUAUUUUUGUUAUAAUCGCAUUCCCAUGUACGGUGGGAGCCACAGCACUGGCGAUGCUUCACAUAUACAGGCACCUAUUGAAUUAUACAGAACCUAUCUUUCAGCGCUACAUAGUUCGCAUCAUCUUCAUGAUACCGGUCUAUGCACUGAUGUCAUUCUUGUCUCUCAUCCUUAAUGAUCGAUCAAUAUAUUUUAAUUCUAUUCGAGAAGUCUAUGAAGCUUGGGUUAUUUAUAACUUCCUUUCGCUCUGCUUGGCAUGGGUGGGAGGCCCAGGUGCUGUGGUUUUGAGUUUAAGUGGCCGAUCUCUGAAGCCAUCUUGGUACCUAAUGACGUGCUGUUUACCUUCUAUUCCCCUUGAUGGGCGUUUCAUAAGAAAGUGCAAGCAAGGUGGUUUGCAGUUUGUGAUCCUGAAGCCUAUUCUAGUUGUGAUAACCUUCAUACUCUAUGCAAAAGGGAAAUAUGAAGAUGGAAAUUUCAGUGUGGAUCAAGCCUAUCUUUACAUCACAAUAAUCUACACAGUAUCAUAUUCCAUGGCGUUGUAUGCUCUUGCUUUGUUCUAUGUGGCAUGUAAAGAUUUGCUCCGGCCUUUCAACCCAGUUCCAAAGUUCAUCAUAAUUAAAUCUGUGGUUUUCCUCACAUAUUGGCAGGGUGUCUUGGUUUUUCUCGCAGCCAAGUCUGGGUUCAUAAAAAAUUCAGAAGCAGCUGCGGAAUUUCAGAACUUUGUGUUAUGUGUUGAGAUGCUUGCAGCAGCUGUUGGCCACUUGUAUGCAUUUCCAUACAAGGAAUAUGCGGGUGCUAACAUUGGUGGUUCUGGUGGUUUAAGGGGAAGCCUUGUUCAUGCUUUGAAGUUCAACGAUUUCUACCAUGACACAGUUCAUCAGUUCGCCCCUACUUAUCAUGAUUAUGUUCUGUACAACAACAAUGAGGGUGAUGAGGGAGCAAGAAAGUAUCGAUCACGAACCUUUGUGCCUACGGGGCAGGAGAUGGAUGCUGUGAGAAAGAACAAACAUAUGUACCCAGGGAAGUUGGAUGAUACACGGUUGUCUAGUGUUUCCACAUCAAACUCAGGAAGCCCUGUGAUUGCAAACAGAUUGCAAGACCAAGUGGACUUGGAAGCAAUCAAAUCUUCAUUGCUCAAAGACAGCUCUGCUGCUUCUGCACGACCAUAUGAUUUUUCAGUAUUGGCUGCUACUGAUUUGUCAAAUUACCCUGCCAAGGUUCCUCCUGCUGUUGAUGACUCAAGCAAAAGGUAAUCUUAAAUUACUACUCAUUUGGGCAAUCAAAGUUGGAAGCCUUCAGCUGCACUCCACCGGAAGUGUGCAUCUUUGUCUGCAAAACCGGAACAUGCUGCACUGAUUGCUUCAGUGAAACCGAUGCUAUAUCGUACUUGAUUCAAUGGUGAUCAGGAUCGGUGAUGUACCAUCUUUUAUUCGUGUCACUUAUUUUUUAGUAUGAACAGUGGUGAUGGUGCCUGUUGAUCAAACCAUGUUUGCCUGCUACAAUGCGUCAGUUUCUACCUACUAGCUCACUCACCUUUUUCUUUUUCUGAGCCAAGGUCAGAAUAGCUUGUUGUUUGUUGUAAUGACAGGAUUUACUCAAAUAUGUGUUAACCUUGUACAAAAUAUCUGUUAAGUGUAUGGCUAUUCUUCAAUCUAUUAAUUUUCUAUUUCUCCUA